GAACCGGCUUCGGUAAAAAAGGCAAAGAGCUGAGUACCGAGCGUGAUUUCUUCAUGAGGAUGAAAUGCACGGUGACCAACAGAGGACGCACCGUCAACCUCAAGUCAGCCAGCUGGAAGGUGCUGCACUGCACCGGACACCUGAAGAUGUACAACAGCUGCCCUCCGCGCGUUCUCUGCGGCUUCAAAGAGCCGCCGCUCACCUGCGCCGUGCUGAUGUGCGAGCCCAUCGCACACCCGUCCAACAUCGACACGCCGCUGGACAGCAAGACCUUCCUGAGCAGACACAGCAUGGACAUGAAGUUCACCUACUGUGACGAGAGGGUAACAGAGUUGAUGGGUUACACUCCCGAGGAUCUUCUGGGUCGCUCAGUCUAUGACUUUUACCACGCCCUGGACUCUGACAGCGUCACAAAGAGC